UAACCGACCAGGAAGUUGUGUUGCGUAUUGUUAGUUUUUCGACAGGUAGACUACUCGUGUCACUUGAAGCAAAACGAGGACAUACUAUUGAAAACACAAAGAAAAGAGGAUCGAAAAGUCCGCCAUGUUGAUGUUGAAAUAUUUUAGCUUUCUGUUUUUCAUUUUUGGUGUGACUGAGGCUCUUCGCGAGUGCACCGAUAAAUACGGACACGAUUGUGAUUGUUGUGACGGAAAGUGUUGUGUAAUAUGGACAUUGUAUGACACCUUAAUAUUUGUAGGUGUUGUAGUUUUCAUUAUCGCCUGCUGUGUGGCAUGUUGCGGUUGGCAUUUUUACCAUCGAGAUACUACCACCACACGACUCUCCUCGGCUGUGAACAUUACCAGAUUCGUGCUGCCAGGAGAAGCCACCCCAGGGCUCGUCAACCCCUCGCCCUAUAGCCUGCCUGUACAGCAGACAACAAACAACGCACAGAUUCCGAUGGAUGCUGUUUACUCGUACGACCAGUGAUUGUUGUUGACGUCAUACAUAACAUCUUGACGUCAUUGUACUUGUUAUUAUAUAUGAAUAGUAGUGGAAUAUCUAAAUUCAGUUAUUUGUGAAUCUUCAAAAUCAAGAAAAAUACAGGUAUUUUCAGUCUCAAGGAAAUUACUAAUAGGGUCAUAAUUAUAAAGAGGACUCGUUUUAAAUAGUUCAGUUAAAUUGUGUAGUUUAUUUAUGAUAAAAUGGUCAAUUAAAAAAAGUUCAGUCA